GUUCCGGCGGCGGCGGUUCCAGGCGGCGCCAGCAGUACUUCCGCUCAAGUUUGCGCGGGAAAUCGUUCUCGUGUUUUUUCCCGCGCCAUCAGCUGCCGCCUCGCAACUUUGCUUUCGACGAGUACCGAAAAACUGGGAAAUCGCAAACACAAACAGCCAUGAAGACCGUGAGCUCGACGCCCGUAAGCGCCGUCAAGGUAAAGCAGAACGGACACAAGAGUCGCGGCUCGUCGGACGACGAGAUGCCGACGAGCGAGCCGCCGGACCCCGCGAGGGAUCGGGAGGCUACAAUUACCCUGAGCGACGACGACGACGACAAAGCAGCGGCCAGAGCGAAGGCGCCGGCCAAGCGAAAACGCGGGCAGCGAGGCUCUAAGGACGAGGGCGGACAGCGCUCGCUAGUGGACAUGUUCGACCAGAUGUCUAAGCGUCCUAAGAGCGAGGCCCCUACGACCAACGGCGACGACACGCCUGCCGUGACCUACACGCGGUGCAGCGCCUGCCGGCAAGUGCUGGACGCCUCCGAGAUCCGGCUGUUCGAGGGCGACCCGCCAGACGCCGUCGACGAGUUCCUGGCGCUCACGGACCCCAAGUUGAACGUGUUCAACGAGGCGGACGACGGCGGCGACGACGUGAUGGACACGCCGCAGCACAAGGUGACGCAGUUCUGCGUUUACGACAAGCACACGCACCUGUGCCCGCUCGACAGCGGCCUCAUCGAGCGCGAGGUAGAGCUAUACUUCAGCGGCUACGUGAAGCCCAUCUACGCGGAGGACCCGUCUGCCGACGGCGGCAUCUGCACCAAGGCGCUGGGCCCGAUCGGCGCCUGGUGGACGGCCGGUUUCGACGGCGGUGAGAGCGCCGUUGUGGGCUUCACGACCCCGUAUGCCGACUACGUGCUGAUGGCGCCGAGCGAGCAGUACGCGCCUUUCAUGGACGCGCUUAAGGAGAAGAUCUACAUGAGCAAGCUGGUCAUCGAGACCGUGGUCAGGGACCCCAACUCCACGUACGAGGACCUGCUCAACAAGCUCGAGCUGACGCCGCCGCCGCAGGGGAUCGGCAAGUACACCGAGGACGCACUCCUGCGCAACGCGCAAUUCGUGGUCGACCAGGUGCAGAGCUUCGACGUAACCGCGGACGACGAUGAAACGACGCUGAUCACGACCCCGUGCCUGCGCAGCUUGGUCAAGCUGGCCGGAGUCACGCUGGGCCAGCGUAGGGCCAUGCGGCGCGGCCGGCGCGACGCGGUGCCCAAGAAGCCCGUCGGCACCCUGGCCACAACCACGCCGCUUGUCCGGGACGUGUUUGAAGUGCUCUUCAGGGAGCAGAUCGACGCCAAGGCCGCCGGCACGACUCGGCGCAACCGGUGCGGCGUCUGCGAGGCCUGCCAGCUGCCGGACUGCGGCAAGUGCAAGGCGUGCCGCGACCAGGUCAAGUUCGGCGGCAGCGGCCGGCUCAAGCAGUGCUGCGAGGAGCGGCGCUGCCUCAACAAGGUCUUCCAAGAGGCCGAGGAGGACGACGGGGAAACGGAGGAGAUGGAGGACGCCAUGGACCUCAAGGCAAGUCAGGUGAAAGCCCAGGGCAGCCGCAAGACCACCCGCCGCAAAGGCUCCAGUGACGUUCGCUGGGCCGACGAGAAGCCCGUGGCGUCGCACGGCAAGAGGGCCUAUUUUGGCCAAGCCAUCGUGAACGGCCGCGAGCUGCGCUGGGGCGAUUUCGUCCUGGUGACCCCUACUGACCCCAAGACACCCCAGUACGUUGCCCGGGUGGUCUACCUCUUUGAGAAUCCCUCGGGCGAGAAGAUGUUCCACGCCCACUGGUUCUGGCGCGGCUCGGACACGGUCCUCGGCGAGACCUCCGACCCCCGGGAGCUGUUCCCGGUGAGCGAGUGCGAGCAUCAGAGCCUGAGCACAGUGAGCGAUGUCUGCAGCGUCGUGCGUAAGGGGGUCUCCAAGGACUGGUUCAGCCGGGGCGGCCUGCACAGCCUCCAGGACGAAAGCGUGCUCGGAGACGGGGACGAUGGCCGCUCCUUCUUCUACCAAAAAGAGUACGAGCCCGAGCACGCCCGCUUCGUUGACCCACCCGAGCUGGCGCCGCCCGGAAGUUACGAAGUGAGCCACGCCUGCGUCUCCUGCCAGAAGGCCGAGGCCCGGCGCAAGCGCGAGACGGCAACCCCUGGGGAGGUGGUUGAGGAGGAGAACGGCCGGCGGUGUUAUGCCAGCGUCUCCUACGACGACCACACCUUCUCCAUCGGGGAGUGCGUUUACCUCGACCCGGACGCGUUCCAGUUCAGCCUCAAGAAGGCCGUCCCUAAGACGAGCGUGUCCUCCAAGAAGAAGGAGGUCGACGAGGACAUUUACACGGAGCAGUACCGCAAGCGCUCGGAGUAUGUCAAGGGCUCCAAUGUAAACAUUCCGGAGCCUUUCAGGAUUGGCAAGAUCCUCUCGAUCCAGGGGAAGUCUGGAAGUGACGACACCUCUGACAGCCCCGAGCGGUUCAAGCUCCUGGUCAAAAAAUUCUACAGGUCCGAGAACACUCAUGCUCCCAAGCACGAGGCCGACCUGAACCUCCUGUACUACUCGGAGGAAGAGGCGCUGGUGGACCUGAGCCAGGUGCGUGGGAAGUGCUACGUGAUCUACGGGGAGAAUCUCGCACAGGACAUAGACGAUUACCUGCACAAAGGCCCGCACCGCUUCUACUUCAGCGAGGCGUACGACGGCAAAACAAAGACAUUCACGGAGCCAUCCUCGAAAGCCCGCAUGAUGGGCUGCCUUGGCAAGGGCAAGGGAAAAAAGGGAAAGAGCUCCCAGAAGGCAGCCAACGUCGAGGCUCCUGAGGAGUUCUUUGUUCCACGGCAGAAGCUCAGGGGCCUUGAUGUCUUCGCCGGCUGCGGCGGCCUGUCCGAGGGCUUCCACCAGUCCGGUGUGAGCGAGACCUGCUGGGCCAUCGAGUGCGAGGAACCUGCUGCCAAUGCCUUCCGGCUCAACUUCCCGGACGCAACCAUCUUCACGGACGACUGCAACCGACUGCUGCGCCUCGUCAUGGAUGGGGAGAGCACCAACGAGCGGGGCCAGACCCUGCCACAGAAGGGGGACGUGGAGGUCCUCUGUGGGGGGCCUCCGUGCCAGGGCUUCAGUGGAAUGAACCGCUUUAACUCGAGGCAGUACUCCCUCUUCAAGAACUCUCUCAUCGCGUCCUACCUGAGCUACUGCGAGUACUACCGGCCGCGCUUCUUCGUCCUGGAGAAUGUCCGUAACUUUGUCUCAUUCAAGCGCAGCAUGGUGCUCAAGCUGGCCCUGCGCUGUCUCAUCAGCAUGGGCUACCAGUGCACCUUCGGGGUCCUUCAGGCCGGCAACUACGGAGUGCCCCAGACGCGGAGGAGGGCCAUCAUCCUGGCGGCCGCCCCCGGCGAGAAGCUGCCCCUCUACCCCGAGCCCGAGCACGUCUUCGCGCCCCGCGCUUGCCAGCUCUCGGUGGUGGUGGACGACCGCAAGUACCUCUCUAACUGCAAGUGGUCUUCGUCCGCACCACUCCGGACCAUCACUGUCCGGGACGCCAUGCUGGACCUCCCAGAAAUACGCAACGGCGCCAAGCGUGAGGAGAUCCCCUACGGCGCGGAGGCGCUCACUCCGUUCCAGCGGACACUCCGGGGCGGCGGUGCUGUGCUUAGGGACCACGUCUGCAAGGAAAUGGCACCCCUGGUCGAGGCCCGGAUGCGUCACAUCCCACUGGAGCCAGGCUCUGACUGGCGCGACUUGCCCAAUGCGGUGGUGCGACUCUCGGAUGGGGUGACCUUCACCAGGAAGCUGCGCUACACGCACCAUGACCGCAAGAACGGCAAGUCCUCGACGGGGGCACUGCGUGGCGUGUGCCCCUGUGCGGAGGAUGCACCGUGCGACCCUGUCUGCCGCCAGGACAACACCCUGAUCCCCUGGUGCCUGCCGCACACAGGCAACCGGCACAACCAUUGGGCAGGGCUCUACGGGCGGCUGGAUUGGGACGGCUUCUUCAGCACGACAGUGACAAAUCCGGAGCCGAUGGGCAAACAGGGCCGAGUGCUCCAUCCCGAGCAGCACCGGGUCGUCAGCGUGCGUGAGUGUGCACGUUCCCAAGGCUUUCCUGACACAUACCGGUUCUUUGGCACCAUCUUGGACAGGCACCGACAGGUGGGCAAUGCAGUGCCGCCACCACUUGCGCGUGCCAUUGGUAGAGAGAUUUUAAAGUGCCUGGCACUGCGGCAGGACGGCUGAACUUCGUCGCAGCGACCACAAAUCCCACCCACCCUCGAGGACUGAACCAGACAACUCUGCAUGCAGAUGGCUCUGGGACGAACUGUCUUGCCUUGAUAGAGGUUGCGACGGGGGAUCUUUGAAACUUUGCCAGCACAGUUAAGCCUUUUAAUGUUUGUACUGUGCCAAGCAGUACAAGCUCUGAAUCUGUGCCCAGUAGUAUUCACAGGGACUUUGUUUUGUUUUGUUGUGUGCCUGCUAAAAAAAGAUUUUCUACCUACAUACCUUUUUUUAGCGCAUUGAUCUAGUAUCAACGAGAAGUGUCCGAAGGUGUGGUGGUGGUUAGCGUAUUUCCCAGGCCUAUUCUACAUUGCCGGUUGGUGAGCAUGGGCAUUUUCCUUUUCGAGUUCCACCAUAGAGUGACACUUUUCACCUUCGAUUUAUAACUUUGUGGUGUGAAGGUCAAAAGGUUUUAAAUAUUCACUGUCUUAUGCGAGUCCAGUUUGAUAUUGUGUCAAACAAAGUUUUGGAAACUUUUAUCGUGAAUAUAUUUUGCAUAAAUUGUUAUAAUUGCCCGACUAAAUUUUUCACUUUGUGCAUCAACCCAGUUUUCGAUGCUCCAUUUGUAGCCAGCAUUUUCUAGAAAUCAUAAGCUUUAGCACUCCUACCAUUUUUUACUGUAGCAUCCUCAAGCUGGCAUUACUGCACUGAUGAAAGACAACUAGGGAGUCUACUCAAAUUGGUUGGUUAUCACAAUCGUAAUGGGUUUUAAUUUUGAGCCUUUUGUUUGGAGUCAAUGUUUGUAAAUACUUUUGUUCUGGUCUGAGCUAUGUACCUACUGAAUUUGAAGAAACCUAUGAUAUUGGCCUAAAUGUCACUUUUGGAAGAAAUGAACUGCUGGCUGCCACUUUGAACUUUACAGGUGUUUUUUUUUUCUUCAAAUACUUGGAAGCAAACACCAUUACAUUCUUUCCAGUUCAAAGUGAACUUUUAUUCUACAUUGUUGCACAUUUUAUAUAAUCUCAGUCCUUACAAAGUGUGUCUUCAUUAUCCUUAUUUAAAGUGGGUAUGAAACAACAUUGAGUUCUAAUUCUUCUAGCUGGUGACGUGAUUGCUGCUCUGCUUGCACCGAACUGGCAAAAGCUUGCUUACCCGGCAGCAUUUCAUCAAGAUGUGAGGAAAUUUUUUAAACAAUAUUUUCAGGUGUAAUUUCGCUUUGUCCAUGCUGAAACUAAUUACCUCCCACGCUCUAUAGAUGGCAGGGUGGUAGAUUCAGGGUGGCAGAAGAGACUGGGAUAGAUCCUCCAGGAUUUCCCAUGCGCUUGCUCACUGACACGAGGCAGUGUACUAAAAUUAAUUAAUAUGGCUACAGGUACGAAGCAAUGAGGGCAGGAGUAUAUCACUAGUGAUGGAGAUGUUGACGUGCAUUCUGAAAACGUGCAUGUAGAUGUUUAAAAGUUGCAAAGUGGAACACACCAAUUACUAUUUUAUAGCACUCGCUUCUUCCGUUAAAACUGCAUGAUGCACGAACACGCUGACCAGAACCAUGUGGCUACGGGUGCAAUCUAAAAAACAGUUGUCAAAAAAAUUUUUAGUUUGUUUCCUUCAUCUGACAGUAGACAUCGCAGACCUGCACCACGCCCCUCAACGCAGCGUACCUUGUAGGGGGGGACGAGCCCGUAACAUCUACCGCAGUAAGAUUGGAAUAGUGUGAUGCGUUUGUUUUAAUAAACUGUGUUGAAGCUGUGACA